AUGGCAACUACCGACACCGCUGAGAAUCCUCCCCAAGCCGGGGCCUGGGACGGAAAGAGUCCUGCUGUUUCAAAUGCUAAUCUGGCACUUGUCGGCGAUGAGGCUAAGGCAUUCGACCCUGAGGUCGAGAGACGUGCUUUGCGCAAGAUCGAUCUCUUUCUGAUGCCGGCAAUGGUGUUGGGUAUAGUUUUCCCCUGCGCUGGUACUGUUCUAUAUUGCAAAGCUAACUUCGCCUUUCACCCACAAGGAUAUGGAUUGGUUUAUUACGACAAAGCCAUAUUGGGAAGCGCCGCGCUGUUCGGCAUGUCAACGGAUCUGCAACUCUCGGUGGGAACCGAUACUUCGAGACAAAGCUGGGCAACCUCCAUUUUCUAUUUCGGUCAGCUCAUAGGUUCAUUUCCCAUGACAUACAUCGCACAGCAUUUCGAGGUGCGCCGGGUUCUUGGCCCAGCCGUGAUGAUAUGGGCUAUUAUCUGUGCUGCCACUGCUGGAGUCACCACUUGGCAAGGACUCCUGGUGCAGCGUUUCUUCCUCGGUAUGGAUAAUGGCCAGCUCGGCGUGGCGAUUAACUCAAGCGCUUACAAUUUCUAUCCAGGCUUCACCGAGUCCGUGAUUCCCACGUCUUUCAUGGUCAUUGUGAGCGGGUAUUACACGCAAGCUGACCAGGCGUUGCGCCAGAGCUGGUGGUUUUCAGGCACCGGCUGGUUUGCCGUUAUUGGCACUGCCCUAAACUACGGAUUUGCGCACAUCGACGGUGGCGCGCUUAAAACCUGGCAGUAUAUCUAUAUCUUUGCAGGUUUCUUGACGUUCUUAUUUGGGAUCUGGUGCUUCUUUCUGCCUAGCUCGCCUCUCAACGCCUGGUUCUUGACGGCCGAGGAACGUCUCGUUGCAGUAGAACGUCUUCGUUCUGGGCAGACCGGACUGCAUAACCAGACAAUCAAGGGCGCUCAGAUCAAGGAAUCCCUUCUUGAUGUCAAGGUCUGGCUUGUUGCUUUGACUAUGGCUUCAGCAUAUACUGUGAAUGGGGCUAUUUCCGGAUUUGGGCCUCUGAUCAUCGCAACUUUCGGCUACUCAUCGCUUGAGAGUAUUCUCUUUCAAUUUCCCAUGGGUUCAGUCUGCGCCAUCGGUAUUCCGCUAACUGGUUGGCUUUCGUCGCGCUAUCGCAACCUUCGCAUUCCCUUGCUGGUGUUGUGUUGCCUACCAGUUAUUGCAGGGUUUGUAAUGAUUUGGAAAUCUACCUGGGGACAUAAACCUAUCACACCUGUUGCCGGUUACUCACUGCUUGGAUUCUUUGGCCCAGUGGUCAGUUUGGUUAUUACUCUUGGUUCCGGCAACGUUGCUGGCGAAACAAAAAAGAGCUUCACGGCUGCUGUAGUCUUUAUUGCUUAUUGUGUAGGCAAUAUCAUUGGCCCGCAGCUCAUUAAGAGCCAGACCAAGUCGGAGCACUAUCCUGAACUCUGGGAGGGACUAAUUAUCUGUUACUGUCUCACCAUCUUGUUUUCUACAAUUCUCUAUGUGAUACUGCGCAGAGAAAACAGUAGGCGAGACAAGUUGGACUUGGAUGAAGACGAGCGUCAGCGCGUGGCAUUCAAAGACUUGACUGACAAGGAGAAUCUGUAUUUCAGAUAUGUUCUCUAG